AUGAGAGCCUCAAUUGCGUUCCUAAGCUUCGCCGUUGCGGCAACGGCACUGAAUACACCAAGGAAUCCUCACAAGAAGAAGCCUCACGCAAUUGACCCAAAGGACUUUGUCUAUGUCGAUGGGCUAAGGUUGAAAGAUGCGAAGGGUCUUCAUUACAUUACUGGACUCAACUACUGGGCAUGUCUCAACCUGGCAGCCGACGCCUCUCAAGGCGGAAACUACUCUCGCCUUGUCACAGAGCUCGACCAAAUGGCUGCCCACGGCGUAAAUCAUCUACGUGUCAUGGCUUCCUCCGAAGGCGCGCCAACCCCACAACCCUUCCGGAUGAAUCCUCCUCUCAUGGAUGCCCCUGGGAAGUACAAUGAGAAAGUUUUCCGUGGCCUUGACAUUUGCCUGGAUGAGCUUUCCAAGCGCGGCAUCAGGGCGACUAUGACGCUCAACGACGAAUGGCAAUGGUCUGGUGGUUUCGCACAGUACGUGUCCUGGGCGAACAACAACACCGCAAUUCCGUACCCACCCUCCUGGAACAUGACGAAAGCACCGCAGCGCCCGACCCCAGGAACAGGUUGGGGCAACUACUCCGACACAGAGGAUGGUGCACACACUUACAACGAGUACACCACCUUUGCGAACCAAAUCUACACAAACCAACUAGCGGAGCAAUGGUACAAAGACCACAUCAAAACUGUCAUCACACGCAAAAACACCGUAAAUGGAAAAAAGUACAACGAAGACGCCACAAUCAUGACGUGGCAACUCGCCAACGAGCCCCAAUCCCUCGACUCCUUUAAUACUUCUGAUCCCCUCUUCCCAUGGGUCGAUCGCAUCUCCACGUACAUCCGCAGCCUCGCGCCCAAGCAGCUCAUCUCCGUCGGCCUGGAGAGCAAGCAAGGCGAGCAGAUCUUCAAAGCCGUGCACAAGGCGCCCGACGUCGACUACGCGACCACGCACUGCUGGGUGCAGAACUGGGGCAUCUACGACAUGUACAAUGCCAGCGAGGCGAAUCUCAAGGUCGCGCAGGACUUUGCCACGGCGUUCGUGGCGAACACGAGUAGGUGGGCGCGGGACGUGGGGAAGCCGGUGUUUUUGGAGGAGUUUGGUAUGGCGAGGGAUAAUUGGGAGAAUGCGGAUAAGGAGUAUCCGUAUUUGAGUAGUGCGAGUACGACGCAUAAGGAUGCGUAUUUUAGGACGAUCAUCGGUGCCGUUAUGGCCGACUUCAAGAAAGGCGGUGCCUACGUCGGUACAUGUCCAUGGGCUUAUGGCGGUAUUUGGCGGCCUGAAACGCAGGUCAUGAAUGAGUUCGGGAUGGUUUGGGCGGGCGAUCCACCGCACGAGUCGCCGGGCUGGUAUGACUUGUACGACGACGACGAGGCCAUGAACAUUGUGGCGAGACAGCAGAAGGAUGUUGCGGCGUGGAUCAAGAGAAACUCAACGCAUGGGUACUAG